UCCAAGGCAAAAGGAUUUUUUAAGAAACAUGCUGAAAAGCACGAUGUUUCUUAAAUCGAUUCUUUUAUGUCUAUUUUUUGGAAAUAUAUAUGGAGCAGAAAGCAGUUAUGAGUCUGAUGUUUUAAAAAUGCUUAUAGAUUUUAUUAAAUAUUAUCAAUAUUCUCAAAAAAUAUUUACUUAUACAUGUUGGGGAAAAGAUAAAGAGAUGAACUUGCUACCAAGAGAGUAUCUUCAUGCCAGAUUAGAUUUGAUAUUACAAAACAAAUUAGACCUAAGGAAUAGUUUUAUAUUCAUAGAUAUAUCUUGCCUGAAUUCGCAUGAUAUUAUGAACAAAAUUCGUCAAGAUUUCACACUAUUUACGCCGACGCAGCACUGGAUGCUUUUAAACGUUAAUAAUACUCUAAUUGAGGCAUUUCAUUUUCCUAUAAACAGCAAUAUAUUCUUCGCUGAGGAUAAUUUUAAUAGUUUUAAAAUUAAGGCCGUCUACCAGCCAUCUAAGAAAUCUUCAAUAAUUCAAACCACCAUCGGAAAAUGGUCAAAGAUUCGAGGCUACAGGGAGUUAUAUAAUAUAUUAAAAGAAAAGAGCAUCAGAAACUUAAUGCGGGAAAAAGUUAAAAUAUCAUAUGUGGUUAAAGAUAUUAAUACUGUUGCUCAUUUGGAUGAUUUUCAAUAUGAGAUUCUUACUGAUACUAUGACAAAACUAAACUAUGCCUUAUUUCAACACCUGAUGAAUAUUAUAAAUGCUACCAAAUCAGAAGAAUUCAGAGGCGAUUUUAAGAAACUAGAAAAUAAUAUAGGGAUGAUUGAUGAUCUAAAGAGUGGCGAAUUUGACAUUGGAGGUACACCAAUAGAGCUGUAUUCAAAAAAUAUAGACGAAUUUAGCGUACUAGCUAAAACCGCUGUGGUCGAAAGAAAAUUCAUAUUUAGAACCACACCUCACUCUUAUAUAAGCAAUGUAUUUACACUGCCUUUUGACAGUUACGUAUGGUACUGCUGCUUCGGACUGAUUGCUAUCAUCUUUUGUGUCACUUAUAUCGUAGUUUAUUGGGAAUGGAAGGAUCCGGUUUUCAAAAAAUAUAUUACUCCAAGAUUAUGUUUAAGGCCUCAUCCAGUGGAUAUAUUCUUAAUGACAGUGGGAUCUGCAGCUCAGCAAGGUUUUGAGACCGAACCAAGAAGCAAUUCGGGAAGGGUGGCAUUCAUAUUUACCUUAAUUUCACUUAUGUUUUUGUAUACGUCAUUUUCAGCAAGCAUUGUGGCCCUGUUGCAAUCUACUACAGAAAGCCUAAAUAGUCUCGAUACCUUAUUUGAAUCUAGAAUGCCUAUAGGAUUUAAGGAUAAUAUAUCCAUGGAAUAUUUUGAGAAAUUGAAAUAUGAAAACAAAUCCAGUGACUUUAUUAGUAAGCUGAAAAAGCCAGUUUUUUUAUCGGUCGAGCAAGGAAUACAGAUAGUGCAAAAGGAAUUUUUUGCUUUUUAUGCUGAUACUGCUGAAACGUAUAAGUAUAUAAAAGAUUGGUUUUCAGAGACUGAAAAAUGUAGUUUGAGGGAAAUCACAUUCAAAAACACUUACCUUGAUUAUUGGCUGUUUAUGAAGAAAAAUUCUGAUUACAGAGAUUUAGUGCGUACGGGGAUGCACAAAAUUCAGGAAACAGGAAUUCGUAACAGAGAAUUUAAGAGAUUAUUUACUGCAAAGCCCAGAUGUGAUAAUGUAGAAGGAAAUUUUGAAAGUGUUGGCUUAAGAGAUAGUUAUGGAGCGUUUUUGGUUAUGGCAUUUGGAGUCAUAAUUAGCAUUUUGCUCGCCUUACUGGAAGGUUUAUGGAAGAAAUACAAUGCUAAUAUUAAUAUAAGACAAGUUGCUGAUCUUCAACUGAAAUAUUUUAGAAAUUAGCAGAACAUAGAUGCAAGGAAGUUUGAAUAGAAGAGUAGGUUAAUCAAAGAGAAAAUAUAUUAGUUGAGCUUAAGGAUAAUAUCGAUUGCACCUUUAAUUAGACUUUCUAUUUUUUUUUCAUUAACUCUAGGUUAACAAUGUAUAGACACAUAUUAAUUUAAAAAACCUAUUAAUAAAAUAUUCUCCUUACAAUUUUUUUCCUUAACAUUCUUAAAUUUGAUAUGACUGUAGCGAGUAAAAAUGGUACUGUGAUAUUAUUUGGAUUCUAUUAUACCCAGAUGCAACAUCAAGAUUUUAUAGAAAUACGCACUCAGACGACUAGCCAUGAUGACCGUGAGUAGUUUCUAUGAUGAUAUAGGGCGUUCACAGACAAACAAGCAUAGUAUACGAUUCUAUGGGGAGAUUUCAAUGCUAAAAUGGGAAUAAAGCAGGACACUGCUGAAACCCCUUUGGGCAACUUCGGAACCACAGGCAGAAACGAGCGACGUGAAGUAGAAUGCUGGAUGAUCUAUUGCAGAAUGAUUUAUUUCAGAUGAAUUGCUUUUACAAGAAAAAUUGAAAUAGAAGAUGGAUCUGGAAAUGCACAAAUGGAUACACAAGAAAUUAACUAGAUCAUAUUAUGACGGACACCAAAUACGUGAUGGUAUUGCAAGUUCUCUACGGUGAAGGGAUCAAAGACUGAUACAAGCUAAAGUGCAUAUAGAUAUUGAUCACAAACACUACAAAAU